GGCAAGUUCUUUAGCGUAGCGUUUACUAAAGCAAGUAGCGUUUACAUGUUUCAACUAAAGUACUAUCCUAAAGCACUCUCCUAAACACUAAGAUAAUGUAAAUCGGCCUUUAGACGUCACGCGCUUUCAAGUUCAAGCCCUAAACAAAAACCAUGUUUUUAUUUUUUAAAUAAAUUAUAGUUAAAAAAAUAUAUAUAAAGUACCUUAAAUAAAAUGUUAUUGAGUAAUUAGUAUAUAGGUAACAUGAUUUUAAAAAGCUUUAAGAAGUAAUGUAAAAGUAAACUGUAAAUAAUCAAGAAUUUAUCCAUAAAAUUCUAGGUAGUUGUAAGCUAUAUGGAAAUCUAACUUUUAAGGUGUUUAUUAUUAAUAUCCGGUAAAUGUUAGGCGAAGACAAAAUUUAUUGAUUGAUAUGCCAUAAAAAAGACAUGGUAUUAGUAUUACAUUUUCUCCUAAUAAGUUUCACUGACAAAUAAACAACUAAAUUCACAAUAAAUUAUAUACGUAUAAUAUACGUAUAGAUUAAGAGGUAUUUAUAUUUUAAAGCUGAACUCAAAUUUUAUAAACAUUGUAAACUUUUCUUAAAGACCUGUUUCAUUAUUAGUUUUAUCUAGUAAUAUUCAAACUGUCUCAAUGCGCUGCAUUAUCUUUGGUAUUUUGUGAGUACCUAUUUGAAAGAUCUUGAACGAAUCAAAAAGUCACAUAUGAUUCAUGAAAUAACAUAGAAAAUAUAAAAAAGUCCACGGCCUCAAAAAUGUUGAUAAAGUUUUUAAGUGCGGUAAAAACACUAAGGUUUACGGAUAUUAAACUUUCAAAGUAAGUAUAUACAUACACCAACAUUAAAAUCACAACACAGUAUAAAACGAAAACUGAAUUCUAACACUAAAUACCAAUUUCGAUAAUAUUCGUACUUGGAUAUAUUCGUACACUUUAAAAGUUAUUUAUUCGGUACCUACCUACAUAAUAUCUCAAAGGCAUUGUGGAAGGUCAAAUUUCAAAGGUCGCUGUGACCUUUAUCAUGCAUGCUCGUGAAAUUCGGUAUCAAUAGGUAUCUGGUACGAAAAUCAGCGUACAUACUAAUAUGAUUUAGACAGAUUAGAUUAGUCCUGUUAGGUAUUUUGUUUUGCAAAUUUAUUUUUUACUCAUUACUAAUACCACCAAAGUCCUAGUCUUUUUAACGGUUGCACACUAGAUAUAGAGUAGAGAGAUAGAUCUCAUUGAUGUGACUCACGACGGCAUUUAAGAACGAAAAACAUAGUAAUAAUGAAAGAUCACAGGAAUGUGUUAGUUACCGAAAGUGUAUCCAUCUAGGUCCGAAGUUUUCACGUUAUUAAUAUUGAAAUAUAAAUCAACAGAUAUGCAACACGAUGUAUAUUUUUUUUAGUUCAGUCACUUUAUUAUUCUUGUCUGUACUGGUACAAUUCGUUCGUUCAUAAAAUAAUUGAAAACGCGGCAUUGCCGUGUGCAACCACACAGCUAAUGUUCACAAUAUUGACUGUCAGCCUCGUUUUUAAAAAUGGGAAAAUCCAAAAAGGCUAAAUCAGAACGUAUAAAUGCAUUAAGAAAACAAUAUGAUGCAUUCCUCGAAGAAGAUAGAAAACGCAAAGGUCGUAAUGAUUACAUAAUGGGAUGGCUGGAUAAAUUCCAGACAUCCUCAACAGUUUCGUCAGUACGAUUUCAGGAAUGUGCAACCAGUUGUCAUCAAAUACGACUUCUUCAGCGACCCGAAUAUGACCAAAAAAACCAAAAUAUUUCAUGCUCACCAAAUAUCAAGCAUCCUUUGGCCGAAAACUUUGAAGAGUCUGCAAUACUAAAGGCAGUUAGCCAAAAGUACAUAUUGAUACCUAAAAUUUCGCCAGAACAAUCUAAAUAUUGCAACGAAUACAAAGAAAAAACCAUUUCACCGAUAGAGAAUGACUCUGAUUGGAAACGUAAAUAUAACAUAUUAGAUGAAUUAAAAAAAGAACAAAAAUCUAGUCAUUAUACAGAAUAUAUUGCUAAAGAUGAUACUUACAAUGAUUUACCAACAAAAGACGUGUUGCUUACUAAUCAGAAUUUUUCAUUUGAUUUGAAUAGGGAAAGCGAACCAGUUGAAGAAAUUUUAUGUAAUGAAAAUAUAAAUGAGAUGCCUACUAGUGAAACUCAUUCAAAACAAGAUAUUCAAUAUAAAUUGGAUGAGAAAAAUGGUUUGUGUAAGACAGACACGCUUACAAAUACUAAUGAAUUCAACAUAAAAUGUGUCCCACAAGAAAAAAAAAUAGUGCGUGAUUGUUUAGAAAAAAAUAUCUGUAGUGAAAAAUUUGAUAUGCAAGAAACUCAGGUUGAACCACUAAAAGACCAUGAGAUAAGAAACUCAAAUAGUGAAACCCAAAAAUAUGAUGAAUCUCUAAAGGAUAAUAGCGAUAACAAGUGCAUACCAUUACAUGUAACAAAAGCUGAUUACAAUACCAUGAACAAUGAAUUGAUAUCACAAAACGUAACAGCUCAACCAAUAAUUAAUAAUGUAUCACAAGAUUACAACUCGUCAUCUAUUGACUCUCCAGAAAGAAAAGAAGUCACAGAGUGCAUUAAUUUACCUAUUGAUCACCAAAUAGAAGAAAAUAAGGAUAUACAUCAUGAAAAAAUUAAUAUCGAGGAACAUUCUUCAGAUGUUGGUGAAUUGGGAAUAAUUUCUAAACCUUCACUUGAAAUCGAAGUUAUGACACCUCAAACUAUUGAAAGAAAUGUAGAGGACCAAUCUCAGAUAGAAGAAUUUGAAACAGAACAAAAAGACUUAUUUUAUUCUGAAGACCAAAAUGUUAAUUAUCCUUACAAUGAAGAACAGGUCGCAGGUGAUAUUUACGAAAACAAUGAACAGUAUUCAUAUUAUGAGGCUACUAAAGAAGAUCCAAAUCAAUAUGUUACAAACGUUAAUGAACACGAAGAGUCAACAGAACAGUACGAUCCCCAUUACGAACAACAAUUCAGUACAUAUCAAGACAAUCCAAUACAAACUCAAUAUACUGAAGACUAUGCCCAAAAUGAAGGCGUAGAUUAUCAACAACAGCAAUUCUACGAAAAUUAUGGUCAACAACAAGCAGAUACUCCUUUGGGGACUGAACAGCAAAUUGAUGAAAAUUCGGUAUAUGAAGAAAAUGUAGGAAAUAUAGAGAAUAUUUAUAUUCAAGAUUAUGCACAGGAAGCAAUGUCGAACGAAGUAUUGGAGAAUGCUGUAGAGCGGCAGCUUAAUAUAGAAGACGGUCUGCCUGGUAGUGAUGAAACGGUAGUUGCAAAUAUAAAUGAAAAAUAUGGUUCUCAAGAAAAGCUUAGCACUGAUUUGAAUGUUGCAUAAAAUAAAAGCAAAGUGACUAAGGGUGAUAUUCAGAAACAAUACCUACUUAGCGCGAAUCAUAAAUUUCGUAUAUCAAAAUAUCCAGUACGUUGGCAAACGGGAGUCAAAAUUAGCACCGUCUCUUAAAUUCUCGUUUCAGAAUCCUACCUGUAAACUGAUUUAGGUUUCAAGAUAAAAACAUGUAAAAGCGAAAAAACUAAUCGUUCAUUUUACUGUAAUUUAAUAAGUGCUAUGAGAUCGUUCUAAAGUCAGUCAACAAGAUGACAAUUUUUUGUCCAACCAAUACACCAUUUCAUUUGAUUUGCUCUCGGCAUUUUUUAAAAAUAUUAAAUUAUUAAUUAAAGUAAUUAAUUCUAUACCUACACGUAAACAUUAUUUGUGAUUUUACUGAUUAUGUAGAGUUUUUAAAUUAGAUGUGGUACGUGACAAAUUAUAAGUAAUGUAAUUAUAUAAUUAUUAUAA